CUCUGAUUUGUUCAACCAUUUGUUGCAUAAGCAGCAUGGACUUCCAUUAUGACUUGCCAUUGAACCAAUCAAAUGAGCGGAUGAUAGCAGCACACACUUCAAAUCAUUACAUAAGCAAUUUAGGGUGAACUACAACCUAAAGCACGGCACUUUUUUUUUCUAAUAUUUACACACGGCACAAAAAAAUCUUUUUUCUUUACACACCUAAUGAAGAAAAAAUUGGCCAUUGUCAAAGCUAUUGAGGAACAACAUGUUCAACAAUUGCUUGCAUUGUUCCCAAAAGGAGAUUCCGAAUACUUUAAAGCUUGUCUUGAAUAUUACAAUGAGAAUGCAGUUGAAAGAAUAGCAGAAAAAAUUCUUGUGGACAUGGGAGGUCAAUACCCACAGUUACCGAUUCCUUCACAACCUCAUGACAACCGAUUGAAUGCCAGUUUACGUAUACUUGCCCUUGACCUUUUCCCCAGUUGUGACAUUAGCUAUUUACGAGAGCUGGUGCUUAAUUUCAGUUAUGCUCAUAUUGAGCAAGUGGUCGAGGUUCUAACUUGCACGGCCAAAUGGCCCGAGAGACUGGAUUACGGUAAAAUGGAUCCAUCUGAAGGGAUCCGUAGCGAAAAAUACAAGAAACAAGCACAAGCGCAAUUAACACUCGAUUAUCCUCAGGUCUGGAAAUCAUCUAUUCGAGCAGUAUUAGCAGAGAACAAUUGGGAUUACUUGAAAUGCUUUGAACAGUUAAAAGAAAUGGGAUCAGGAGGGUUUUGGAAGACCCUUCGUAAUUUCUUUAGUCAUUGGUCAGCCUCAUCCUCUGUGCAUGUCGAUCAAGCAGUGACAGAUUAUCACUUGCUGGAACAAUUGAAAGAAUUACGUCAACAUGAUAUUGACAAACAAAUAGCGAUAGAUCAAGAUUAUGCAUACAAGAUGAACACAAGGGAAUACACACAUCAUGGACAGUUGAUGACCUGUCUCUGCUGUUACAGUGAUUACACUUUUGAAGAAUUGUCAUUUUGCUCGGAAGGAGAGCAUGCUUUUUGUCACGGAUGUCUAGUACACUAUAUAUCCGAAGGUCUUUUUGGACAAGGGGAAUUACGCGGUCAGCCCUCUAUUGGCUGCAUCUCUUCUUCGAAUGAUGAGUGUAAAGGUGUGUUUGCCACCACUACACUGAAGCGAAUUUUGACGGAUGAUAUCUGGAUGGCGUAUGAAAACUCGUUAUUGGAAGGUGGUAUCAGUGAGCAUGACCGUAUUCAAUGCUGUGCAUGUUCCUAUUUUGAAGUGGAUGAAAGCACGAAACCAUUGGCCUCUACCUUGAUUUACGCUAGCAAGUGGAUUCGAUCACUGACAAAAUGGAUCAUGUGGGAUAUGAAGGCAGACUUAGAAAUCGCUUAUCAACGGGUUUCCAAAUCCAGAAGAAGUAGUGUGUUUAACUGUAAAAGGGAUGGCUGCAAUACUGUCACUUGUUUAGAAUGCCAUCGACCUGUGCGUGGUCUUCAUACCUGUUGGGAACAAGAAACAGACGGUCUUCGUCUCUAUGUUGAAAAGGCCAUGGCGGAUGCCGUCAAACGAACCUGCCCAAACUGUUCCCUUUCGUUUCAAAAGUCAGAUGGAUGCAACAAGAUUGUCUGCAGGUGUGGAUACGCCAUGUGCUAUAUUUGUCGAAAGGAUAUUGGUGAAGAAUCCUACAAUCAUUUUUGUCAGCAUUUUAGAGCCAGACCGGGAUCAAAUUGCUCGAGCUGUAACAAGUGUGAUUUAUAUAAAACUGCACCUGACGAUGAAGCUGUCCAAUUAGCAGCGACACGAGCUAAAAAUCAAUAUUUACAAGCUCAUCCCGAUAUUCACACUACAAAUCUUGUUAUUGGUCCAAAAAGAACCUUGGACAGAUUAGUUGAAUUAAGACAGGAGCUGGUAAUCACUUGCCUUGAAAAAGGACUUCAAUAUAUCGUUUAAAAAGAGACAUAUCGUUUUGUACAUAGAAUAAAUACCCCCGCCCACAUUCACUGGCCAUUGUAAUGCGUAACUUAAAACAAAUGGUGUGUGCAUACAUGCUAAUAAUCAUUCCUGUUGUGAAACAAGAGAAAUGACGCACACAUUGGAAAUUAUUAUGCCAUUCUUUCCAGAAGCAGAAAAUUUUUACGCUUUUUG